AUGACCGAGUUUAUCCUCCUGGGGCUCACUCAAAGCCUCCCGGGCCAAAAAAUAUUAUUUGUUGUGUUCUUGCUCAUCUACAUUGUAACAAUUGCAGCUAACCUUCUCAUUGUCGCGACUGUGAUGAUUAGUACAACCCUGGACACCCCCAUGUACUUCUUUCUAAGCCACUUGUCAUUUAUGGAUGCAGCUUAUUCUACUGCAAUUAUCCCAAAUAUGAUUCUAGACUUACUUUAUGAGAAGAAAACCAUUUCUUUCCAUGCUUGCAUGACUCAGCUUUUCACAGAACAUUUAUUUGGUGGCGUUGAGAUUUUACUUCUUGUUGUCAUGGCCUAUGACCGCUAUGUGGCUAUCUGCAAACCCCUGCAUUAUAUGCACAUCAUGAAACAGCGGAAGUGUGUCCUGCUGCUGCUGGUGACUCUGCUUGGAGGUUUUGUCCAUGCGGCAGCUCACCUGCUCUUUGUUUACAAUCUGCCCUUCUGUGGCUCCAAUGUCAUUGACCACUUCAUCUGUGACAUGUACCCUUUAUUAAAACUUGCCUGCACUGACACCUAUGUCAUUAGUCUCACUGUGAUUGCUAAUGAUGGAACAAUAUGUGUGAUCAUCUUUUUGCUGUUACUCAUCUCCUAUGGGGUCAUUCUGCACUCCCUGAGGAACCUUAGUCAGGAAGGGAGGCACAAAGCUUUAUCCACCUGUGGCUCCCACAUCACUGUGGUGGUCCUCUUCUUUGUCCCCUGUAUUUUUCUGUUUGUGAGACCUCCCUACACCUUACCCAUUGAUAAAUUCUUGGCUGUUUUUUACACUGUCAUAACCCCUAUGUUGAACCCCUUAAUCUACACUUUGAGAAAUACAGAGAUGAAAAAUGCCAUGAAGAAGCUUUGGAGCAGAAAAAGAAAAUGA